ACCAGCUACGGCAGUCCGCGCUGUAAGGUUCCUCGGAUUUUGAAUCAGCCUUGAUAUCGCUCAAAAGAUCGCACGCAGCCUCCGCAUACUGAAAUUGUGUAGUGCUCGUUGCUGUUCAUCGGUCCAUGUAUUGGAAUAUACAUGAGAUAUUUCGGCUUUACGUACAGAAGAUUUAGUGACAGUUCAGGUAAUUUAAUUGAAAACGAAAAAGGAACACCCGAAUAGGAGGUCCGACGAAAAAAUAUAGGUGGAAGAAGCCAAGAUGGAGUUAUUGGUACCUACGGUUUCCGACAUAGUCUUCAAAUAUACUUGGCCGAUAAAAAGGUAUAUGAAGGUCGUAGGUAAGAAGACUUCCUUCGAUAGUUCACCGUUCAGCAUCAACAUCAAUGGAAUUCAAAGCGAAUGGAACUUGUCGAUACGAUUUUGGAAGGGACCACAAGGAAAAAAAAUCACAAAUCCGGUUGUCCUGUGUUUGAAUAUGUUGAAUUGUUCGAUCGCGGAAAUCGAGCAAGCGAGAGUUCGUUUUCAAUUUGGGAUUUACAACGUGGAUACGAUACACUGGGAAUUCUGUCACGUGAACCGGACAAUCCUCGCAUUGAAGACAACGGGUGACAUUUUUUCCUUGGGCUAUAGAGACUUGUGUAUCGUUGAUCGACACGUCAACAAAUCUGGCGACAUCACCGUAAUGGUCAAGAUACAGAUCAUUCAAAACGAAAUCGAGAGGCACAAUCUGUCACAGGAUAUGGCACACACUUUGAGGCAUCCAAGGGCAGCAGAUGCGAGACUGAGUUGCGGGGGUAUGAACAACACAGAAAUACCGGUACAAAGCGGUAUCAUUGGCGCUCGCAGUUCAACUCUAGCCGCAAUGAUAGAACCCAUAAGGAAGGUCGACAAUACCGACGAGACGUGCGAAUUCACGGACCCAUUAAAGAUAAAUAUGGAAGACAAACUUGACAGGGUUGUGGAGGCAUAUGCCAUUGGAGAAACGAGCCAGAUAUCAAAUGGACAAGAUGAGCUUGACCGAAAAUAUAUUCCGAAAUAACAGAAUAUUAUUCUACAUAUUGCUUCUCAUCCCCACGAGAGGUUUUCUGUGACUCUGUCUACAUCCCCUUUGUUAAUGGCGCCUAUAAUCUAAUGGUUUUAUAUUAGUUAUUUGAUAAUGCUCGAUGAUUUUAUUGAAAAAGGCCGAUACUUCAAGUAUUUUAAAACUCAUCACAUGCUGCAAUUACACAGAAUCAAAAAAACACAAACUUUCUUUAACGGGUGAUAAAUUUUGAAAACAAGAAGAUCCAAUCAUCAGUUUCAGAACUGUACAAGAUUUUCGACCGUUUAAGUUAUCUUCUGAUCAGACAAUUUGUGAAAAAGUUUCUCCACAAAAAUUAGAUACCAUGAAGUAAAGCAGCGACUACCACGUCUGUACAAAUAAGCAGAGAAUUCAUUCUUCUGCCACAUUUCACGGUAGAUAACUAAAUGAAUUAUGAUUUAGCUUUGUGGUAGGCAUUUCACCUCCAGUGAUAUGUAGUUUGAAACAUCCAAAUAUUAUAAAACAGUGGUUCCCAUUCAAA